AUGGCGCUAAGAGAUCUCAGAGACGCGCCUGAAUUCAUCCAGGGCUUCUGGAAGCACACCCGAUUCUACGGAGACUGGAGACGCGACAAGUACCAAUUCCCCAUUGACAAGGAAGAAACAAACCGAUAUGACAUCUUCCACAAGUUCUUCCUGCUGGCUCGAAGAGAGCGCGUCUUUACACACCCCAUCCCUCGACCCAACCCUCGUGUAUUGGAUCUUGGUACUGGAACCGGUAUCUGGGCCAUCAAUGUAGCGGAAAACUACCUUAGAGAUGGCCACAUCAUGGCGGUGGACCUCAACAAAAUUCAGCCUCCUCUAAUUCCUCGCAACGUGGAAACACUGCAGUUUGACCUCGAAGAACCGUCAUGGGAGCCCCUUUUGAAAGACUGCGAUUUAAUACAUAUGAGGUUGUUGCUGGGGUCUAUUCACAAUAGUCUUUGGCCAAGUACCUAUAGAAAAGCGUUUGAACACACGAUACCUGGCGGCUACAUCGAGCAGGUUGAAAUCAAUUGGCUGCCCGAUUGGCAUGGAACCGACAUCCCGGAGCAUUCAUUCUUGAUGGAAUGGGCGCAAAAGUACUUGCAAGGCAUGGAUGGCUUUCAUCGCAGCGCAAGAGUGGACACGUCGAAUGUCAAAGCUAUGAUGGAGGCAGCAGGCUACGUCAACUUUGAAGAGCGCCUCAUUCGAUGUUAUGUGAAUCCAUGGAGUCGCAAUGCCGAGGAAAGACGGGUAGCACAGUGGUUUAAUCUUUGUCUGAUUGACGGUGUGCAAGCCAUGAGCCUGGCACCAAUGAUUGAGAACCUGGGCAUGACCAUUGAGCAAAUCAAUGAGCUUCAAGACGCUGUCAAAUCAGAAUGCUGCAAGCUACGCUACCACGCAUUCUGUACCAUGCACAUCUGGACGGCGAUGAGACCGACACGCUAG